GCGAUGUAUAAAACCGAGCCCAGAACUGAGCACCUGCCUGCACCCCUACUGUGCCAUCCAGAAGGGCUCUGUGCUGCCUGCAACCCAGCCAGUCGACUCAAGUCCUAGGUCGAUCCCUCCACGAUGUCUAAAGCAGCUCCUGCCAAAAAGCCAGUGGCUUCUGCCCCACCUCCUGGAUGUACCCUGGACAUCAAUGACCCACAGGUCCAGAGUGCGGCCAUUCGCAUCCAGGCCUCUUACCGGGGCCACAGGUCCCGGAAGGAGCUGCGCGAGAAGGGGCCGCCGCGGGUGCUGGAGCCGCUGAAGGACGUGGUGCUGAUCGAGGGCAGCGCGGCCAAGCUCACUUGCCGAAUUUCGGCUUUCCCGGACCCGUUCAUCCGCUGGAGUAAGGACGGCAAGGAGCUGCGUGACGGGCCCAAAUACCGCUACGUGUUCGAGGACCCUGACGUGGUGGCACUGGUGGUGCGCGACGGCGAGCUGGCAGACCUGGGCCAGUACAGCAUCAAUGUCACCAACCCCUUCGGCCAGUGCUCCGACUCGGCGCGCAUCCUCGUGGAAGUCCCGGCGAAGAUUCAGAAGGGACCCGACAACACUAAGGCGCGCAAAGGCACCACCGUGACGCUGACUGCGGAGAUCCUGGGAGAACCCGCGCCCGACGUGGGCUGGACCAAGGACGGGGAAGAUAUCGAGGAGGACGACAGGGUGUUCUUCGAGAUCGGCAGCACCACCACGACGCUGACCAUUCGCCGGGCCACGCCUCAGGACAGCGGCAAGUACGAGGUGUACGUGGAGAACAGCCUGGGCAUGGACCAGAGCUUCGCUCGCGUGGACGUGGCCUGAACGGCACCCCCUAGACCUUCCGCCCUGGCGCCGAGCCCAGGGGUGGGUUCCAGCUUGCUUAAUAAAGCUGCUCUCUGACC